GGCCCAGGGUCCAGCGGGGAUGUGCUUUCCUCUGCCGCGUGUGGCCUACGGCCCGGGCAGCCGUCGGAGUCUCCCGCCUCGGCUGACGCCAAGGCCGCUGUGCAGGAAGCCUCCCUGCGCGCCCCUGACCACGAGGAAACCCUUCCUGCUUCACUAGCGGGUGCCAGGCGUUGAGACCCGGAGCUGUUCUGACACAAGGCCCGUUGCGAGGGUAUUUUUGUGGGUGGCCCCCUUGGAAGGGGGCCAGGUGCUUAGGCUCGCUGACUUAGAAGGGUCAGCUUUGACGUGGUGUGUGCAUUCCGAGUGAACCCAAAGAGAAACGGACGCGUUUUGCGUAUCAAACAGUGCACACGGGCGAAGAAACGUUUGGAGUGACCUGUAGAGGCCGUGAUCUUCACUUGCAGGAUGACUCGUCCUUCAGUUUUGGGUAAAAGCUGGCAGGCUGACAGAGGCGGCCUCGGGACGGACUUUCUGGCUACCGACCGUUUUGCUGUGGCUUACCCGGAUCACGUGUGGGUGUGAGAUCAACCAUGAGCUCCGUUGCAGUUUUGACACAAGAGAGUUUUGCCGAACACCGAAGUGGACUGGUUCCGCAGCAAAUCAAAGUGGCUACUUUAAAUUCAGAAGAGGAGAGCGACCCUCCCACCUAUAAGGAUGCCUUCCCCCCACUUCCUGAGAAGGCAGCGUGCUUGGACAGUGCCCAGGAACCCGCCGGAGCCUGGAGCACCAAGAUCCGGCCCAUCAAGGCCUCCGUCAUCACUCAGGUGUUCCACGUGCCCCUGGAGGAAAGGAAGUACAAGGACAUGAACCAGUUUGGAGAAGGUGAACAAGCCAAGAUCUGCCUUGAGAUCAUGCAGAGGACUGGCGCUCACCUGGAGCUGUCUCUGGCCAAAGAUCAAGGCCUCUCCAUCAUGGUCUCAGGGAAGCUGGAUGCUGUCAUGAAAGCCCGGAAGGACAUUGUCGCUCGAUUGCAGACUCAGGCCUCAGCAACUGUUGCCAUUCCUAAAGAGCACCAUCGUUUUGUGAUCGGCAAAAAUGGAGAGAAAUUGCAAGACUUGGAGCUAAAAACCGCAACCAAAAUCCAGAUCCCACGCCCAGAUGACCCCAGCAACCAGAUCAAGAUCACUGGCACCAAAGAGGGCAUUGAGAAGGCUCGCCAUGAGGUGCUGCUCAUCUCUGCUGAGCAGGACAAGCGUGCCGUGGAGAGGCUGGAGGUGGAGAAGGCCUUCCACCCCUUCAUUGCUGGGCCCUACAAUAGACUCGUGGGUGAGAUCAUGCAGGAAACAGGGACGCGCAUCAACAUCCCCCCUCCCAGUGUCAGCCGGACAGAAAUCGUGUUCACUGGAGAGAAGGAGCAGCUGGCACAGGCUGUGGCUCGCAUCAAGAAGAUUUACGAGGAGAAGAAAAAGAAGACCACGACCAUUGCAGUGGAGGUGAAGAAGUCUCAGCACAAGUAUGUCAUCGGGCCCAAAGGCAACUCCCUGCAGGAGAUCCUGGAGAGAACUGGGGUUUCUGUGGAGAUCCCCCCCUCAGACAGCGCCUCUGAGACGGUGAUCUUGCGAGGGGAGCCCGAGAAGCUGGGCCAGGCGCUGACUGAGGUCUACGCCAAGGCCAACAGCUUCACGGUCUCCUCAGUGUCCGCCCCCUCCUGGCUUCACCGGUUCAUCAUCGGCAAGAAAGGGCAGAACCUGGCCAAGAUAACACAGCAGAUGCCCAAGGUGCACAUUGAGUUCACUGAAGGUGAGGACAGGAUCACCCUGGAAGGCCCCACAGAGGACGUGAGUGUGGCCCAGGAGCAGAUCGAAAGCAUGGUCAAGGACCUGGUUAACCGGAUGGACUAUGUGGAGAUCAGCAUCGACCACAGGUUCCACAGGCACCUCAUCGGGAAGAGCGGGGCCAACAUCAACAGAAUCAAAGACCAGUACAAGGUGUCUGUGCGCAUCCCUCCUGACAGCGAGAAGAGCAACCUAAUCCGCAUAGAGGGGGACCCUCAGGGCGUGCAGCAGGCCAAGCGGGAGCUGUUGGAGCUGGCCUCUCGCAUGGAAAACGAGCGUACCAAGGAUCUAAUCAUUGAGCAGAGAUUCCAUCGCACAAUCAUUGGGCAGAAAGGUGAACGGAUCCGUGAAAUUCGUGACAAAUUCCCAGAGGUUAUCAUCAACUUCCCAGACCCAGCACAGAAAAGCGACAUUGUCCAACUCAGAGGGCCCAAGAACGAGGUGGAAAAAUGCACCAAGUACAUGCAGAAGAUGGUGGCCGACCUGGUGGAGAACAGCUAUUCGAUUUCUGUUCCAAUCUUCAAACAGUUUCACAAGAACAUCAUUGGGAAAGGUGGUGCAAACAUCAAGAAGAUCCGCGAGGAAAGCAACACCAAGAUCGACCUUCCCGCGGAGAACAGCAAUUCCGAGACCAUCAUCAUCACAGGCAAGAGAGCCAACUGUGAGGCUGCCCGGAGCCGGAUCCUGUCCAUCCAGAAAGACCUGGCCAACAUCGCCGAGGUGGAGGUCUCCAUCCCUGCCAAGCUGCACAACUCGCUCAUCGGCACCAAGGGCCGCCUGAUCCGCUCCAUCAUGGAGGAGUGCGGGGGCGUGCACAUCCACUUCCCUGUGGAGGGCUCCGGGAGCGACACGGUCGUCAUCAGGGGUCCCUCCUCUGACGUGGAGAAGGCCAGGAAGCAGCUCCUGCACCUGGCGGAGGAGAAGCAAACAAAGAGCUUCACCGUGGACAUCCGAGCCAAGCCAGAGUACCACAAGUUCCUCAUUGGCAAGGGGGGCGGCAAAAUCCGCAAGGUGCGUGACAGCACGGGUGCCCGCAUCAUCUUCCCAGCCGCUGAGGACAAGGACCAAGACCUGAUCACUAUCAUAGGAAAGGAGGACGCUGUCCGGGAGGCACAGAGGGAGCUGGAGGCGCUGAUCCAGAACCUGGAUAACGUGGUCGAGGAUUCCAUGCUGGUGGACCCCAAGCACCACCGCCACUUCGUCAUCCGAAGAGGCCAGGUCCUGCGGGAGAUCGCAGAGGAGUAUGGUGGGGUGAUGGUCAGCUUCCCGCGCUCUGGCACACAGAGCGACAAGGUCACCCUCAAAGGUGCCAAGGAGUGUGUGGAGGCAGCCAAGAAGCGCAUUCAGGAGAUCAUUGAGGACUUGGAAGCCCAGGUGACGGUGGAGUGCGCCAUCCCCCAGAGGUUCCAUCGAUCUGUCAUGGGCCCCAAAGGCUCCAGGAUCCAGCAGAUCACUCGGGAUCACAAUGUCCAGAUCAAGUUCCCAGACAGAGAGGAGAACCCAGUCCCCAGCACAGAGCCAGCUGUCCAGGAGAACGGUGAGGAGGCCGGGGAGGGCAGAGAGGCUGAGCCUGGCUCUCCACGGAGGUGUGACAUCAUCGUCAUCUCUGGCCGAAAAGAGAGGUGUGAGGCAGCCAAGGAGGCACUGGAGGCUCUAGUUCCUGUCACCAUCGAGGUGGAGGUGCCCUUUGACCUUCACCGUUACAUCAUCGGGCAGAAGGGAAGUGGGAUCCGCAAGAUGAUGGACGAGUUUGAGGUGAACAUUCACGUCCCAGCUCCUGAGCGGCAGUCUGACGUCAUUGCCAUCACCGGUCUCGCUGCUAAUCUGGACCGAGCCAAGGCCGGGCUGCUGGAGCGCGUGAAGGAGCUGCAGGCUGAGCAGGAGGACCGUGCUCUACGGAGUUUCAAGCUGAGCGUCACUGUAGACCCCAAAUACCAUCCCAAAAUCAUCGGAAGAAAGGGGGCAGUGAUCACCCAGAUCCGGCUAGAGCACGACGUGAACAUCCAGUUUCCGGACAAGGACGAUGGCAGCCAGCCCCAGGACCAAAUCACCAUCACAGGGUACGAGAAGAACACAGAAGCCGCCCGCAACGCCAUCCUGAAGAUCGUGGGUGAGCUUGAGCAGAUGGUCUCUGAAGACGUCCCGCUGGACCACCGUGUCCACGCCCGCAUCAUUGGCGCCCGAGGCAAAGCCAUCCGAAAAAUCAUGGAUGAAUUCAAGGUGGACAUCCGCUUCCCACAGACUGGAGCCCCAGACCCCAACUGUGUCACUGUGACAGGGCUCCCGGAGAACGUGGAGGAGGCCAUCGAUCACAUCCUCAACCUGGAGGAGGAAUACCUGGCCGACGUGGUGGACAGUGAGGCUCUGCAGGGCUACCUGAAGCCCCCCGUGCACGAGGAGUCCAAGGCCCCCUCCAAAGGCUUUGUGGUGCGGGACGCGCCCUGGACUGCCAGCAGCAGUGAGAAGGCCCCUGAUAUGAGCAGCUCUGAGGAGUUUCCCAGCUUUGGGGCUCAGGUGGCCCCCAAGACCCUCCCUUGGGGCCCCAAACGAUAAUGAUCAAAAAGCAGCACCCUCUCCAGCUGCUGAGCCAGCCGCCACACAGUUGGUCUCGGUCUGACCCAGCGGCUGGGCCCCAUUGCUGACGCUCCCCCCUCCCGAGGUCUCGCAGUGAAGCCUGACGGCCGGCCCUGUCACCACCUCCCCAGGCCUGGUCGUCACCCAGCGGGCUCAGGGGCUGCCCCUGGGUGGUGCCCCAGGACAGGUGCCACCAUGUUGAACACUAAGCAGAGGUCAUUGCACAUUUGUGGUAAGACUCCAGCUUCCUGGUCACCCAGCAUGCGGUCAGCACUGACCUUCACCAGAGCUCCACAGCAGCGGCUCGGAGUCGACUUCCUGUGUCAUGACCUCAGGAAAUAAAUUUCCUUGACUUUAUAAAAGCCAAA